UAUAUAUUCAGAGAUGGUUCUAGAGCCUGUGUUUCAUUGUUCUCUCUGCUUUUGUUUCGGCUGGGCCUCUUUACCUGCAUUUAAAAUUUUUGAGAGUCUACUCUACAAGUCGGAUAUUCACGACGAAGAAGCCUCUCUAUGUGAGGUGAAGUUAAUUUUUAAGAUUUGUGAUACAAUAAUAAUUUCGAGAUGGCGCUUUUGGAUCUCUUCAUUGCCUCAUCAAUUCCUGUCCUAAAAGUGCUGUUGGUGACUGCAAUUGGGUCAAUUCUUGCAUUAGAUCAUAUCAACAUUUUAGGGGAGUACACGAGGAAGCAUAUGAAUAAUAUUGUAUUUUUUGUAUUCAAUCCGGCACUUGUUGGCAGCAACUUGGCCAAAACAAUAACAUACGAAAGCUUGAUUAAGUUGUGGUUCAUGCCUCUCAAUAUCCUGAUCACAUUUAUAAUUGGUUCAGCCCUUGGGUGGGGUGUUAUCCAAAUCACAAGAGCUCCUCCACAUCCACGGGGACUUGUUCUAGGGUGUUGUGCUGCAGGAAACUUGCUGAACAUGCUUCUCAUUAUCAUACCAGCGGCUUGUAAAGAGAAGGGAAGCCCAUUUGGAGAUCCGGAUGCCUGCCAUCAAUAUGGAAUGGCAUAUGCUUCACUUUCAAUGGCUGUGCCAACUAUAGAUAAAGUAAAGCAACAAUUUGGGAUGCUUUUAAAGAAGGUCAAUCUAAAAAGGUUGUUUGCUCCUUCAACUACUGGAGCGCUUGUUGGUUUCAUAGUUGGACUUGUACCUCAAAUCCGGAUGUCAAUGAUUGGUGAUAGAGCUCCUCUUCGCGUGAUCCAAGACUCUAUUUCUUUGCUGGGGGAUGGAGCCAUCCCUUCUCUAACCUUGAUAAUGGGAGGGGACCUUCUUAAGGGCACUAUAACUCAAUUGUUUGGAGCUGGUGAGACUGAAUGUUCGGUUAUUAUGUUGUGGACUUAUGCACUGGCUUCAAUUGCACUUGCUCUUUGGUCUACCCUCUUCAUGUGGUUGGUGGCUCGAUUUGGUCAAGGAAAUUACCAUAUAUGCCAUAAUUUAGCCAAGUAUUUGCUGUGCUUCAAAUUCGCAAGUUUUGCUAGAAUUGUGUGUUAUCGAAUUGAUCAUGUUAGUGUGUGCUUGUGUCUGCAAUUAAUAUGAUGUACCAAAAAAGCAAUCAAAAUAUGCAUGGUUGAGUUGAACAUAGUCAAGAGCAAACCAAAAUGUGAUUGAAGUUAAAAAUGCAUAU